UCAGUUUGUCAUGUGAGGGUAUAACAGAUAGCACAGAACAGAUACCCCAAUUCAAAUAAGAGUAAAGGAUUUUUUUCUGGUGGAGGGUGAGAAGGAGAAAAAGAAGAAAGAAGACUGGACCUUCAGCAGGACCACGAGGCUGUACCCAAGUGUAUUUCUGUCACUGUGGCAUGGCUAGAAUAAUAUGGUGCACGGCAGCAGCGGCUGUGGUGACUUGUUUGUGUUUGUGGGGCUCCUCGGAGGCCGUGGGGGGAGCUAGGAGCCGACCGCGACCUCAGAAACGCCCUUCCACUAAACCAAAGGUCGACCCCAUUGACCAGACUCCUUCUGCACAGAAUACAGACUUGCAACAGAUGGGAGGGACGUGGUACCUGCUCAGUGCUGCCUCCAAGUGUUCCUACCUGAUGAGGCAUGGGACCAAAGUGGAGCCCACGGUCAUGACCCUGACUCCUCCGUCCGCCACUGAUGUGACCAUGUCUGUUCGCACCAAAACCCGCCAUAAUCAUCAGUGUUGGGAGAUACUGCAGGUUUAUGAUGUUACCCCGACCCCAGGACGCCUAAUACUUAAAGGCCCCCGUCCUGAGCUCAACACCGAUAUAGUGAUUGGGGAGACGGACUACAGGUCCUAUGCCAUCUUCUACUUUCAUAAAAUGGGCAAGAUCACGAUGAAACUCUAUGGCAGGUCUGUAGACAACCUGUCGGAGCCCGUCCUGACCAAGUUUGAAGAGCUUGCCGAAAAGCAAGGACUGGGACUGGCUUAUAUCUUCCCCUUUCCUACCUACAGUCACUGUGGUGCUGUGGACCAGGACCAUAUCAUCAACUGUGUCCCCACGUGCUGAGGAGUGCCCCCCGCGGGCGCGUCGCUGCGGCUCACAUACCAGACACAAUGUAUCUCGUUCAUGCUGUCGUAGUAAAACUGCUGCGUUGAGAUUAACCGUGGUUAAACCCCUCCGCGACACAGACCUGCCGCUUUACACGAGACUUUCCAACGGCACCAAAAUGGAUCCCGUGAAACCCAACGAAGCAACAAAUGAUUCACUUCAACGCGAUAAAGCACGAACAUAAUGCAUUUGGAAGUUUUGCACGACUAGCCAAAUAAAAGCAAAGCAAUAUCAA